AUGAUGCUUCAGAAGCUUAGUGUACCAGGCAGGCGAUGGGUAAGACUUCUCUUUGGACGAGAAUUUCCCCUUCAGGACCUUCUUGUUAUCUGGGAUGCUUUGUUUGCUGACAGCAUCACCCUGGAUUUAGUUGACUACGUUUUCUUAGCUAUGUUGCUCUACAUUAGAGAUGCCUUGAUAUCAAGUAAUUAUCAGACCUGUUUGGGACUUUUGAUGCAUUAUCCACCCAUUGGAGAUGUACACUCACUCAUCUUGAGAGCUCUUUUUCUCAGAGAUCCAAAGAGAAACCCAAGACCAGUGAUCUACCAAUUCCGACAAAAUUUAGAUUAUUACAAAGCAUGUGGAGCAGACUUUAUGAAUAAAACUCGUGUCGGUGCUAGGGUUGCACCACUGAACAUAAAUAAAGUUUCCAAUAGCUUACUAAAUUUUGGCCGAAAGCUGAUUUCCCCAGCCUUGGUUUCAGGUAGUGUUACGGUGCCAGUUGCAGGUAGCAGCAGCAGCUUUUCUUCUUCUUCUGCAGUGCCUAUUAGGAGCACAGUGGACCUCUCGCAGCAACAGCAGCAGCAAAGAAUGAUGAAAUCUGAAAGUGUGCCAGUUCAACUAAGCAAAGGAGAUGUAGUUACAGGAAGUGAUCCCCAAGGGUCGGUUCCUGUCCAGAACCUAAGUGCUGUCCAAGCCACAGUUGCUACAGCAACUCAUGGGCAGGGUUCAAAAAAUGUUAGCUCUUCUCCAAGCAUUGAAAGUUUGUCUGGAGCACGGGAAUACACAGGGUCGCCACCUUUGUCAGCAGCCAAGAAAGAGUCCUUUUUCAGCACUAUUUCCCAUUCUCGCUCUCAAAGUAGAAGCAUGAGCAAAAAGGAGUCUGAAGAAGAACUGGAGGCCCAAAUUUCAUUUCUCCAAGGACAACUGAAUGAAUUGGAGGCCAUGUGCAAUUACUGUGCCAAGAUGAUGAACACACAUCUGGGAAAUAUCCAGGAAGUCAUACUGCAGGAGCACUUGGAGAAAGAAGAUGAGAUUCUUGUUUCCCUGGCUGCGCUGAAGCAGAUCAAGGAUAUUCUGAAAGGUUCCCUGCGUUUCAAUCAGAGCCAGCUGGAGGCGGAAGAGAAUGAACAAAUCACAAUAGAAGAUGAUCACUACUGUUCCAGCAAUCAGAGCAAGGGGGCAGGUGAUUCUGCAGAGGAGCUUCUCAUCACAAAGCAGCCCCUCCCUCCAGUGAAGCAGGAUGUUUCUGACACAAGCGGAAGCUCUGGCAACAAGCACAGCGAUGACUAUAUCCUAGUUUCCAAAGAAGAGGAAGGGAAUGUUAGCAGUGCUUUUGAGCGUGUGCGGACUGUGCCGCCGUGCAAGGAAGCAACCACAAAGGGCGAGGCUCUGUGUCGCUCUUCUUUAGCCUUUUCAGACCCACUGAUGGGUUCCAUGUCUGCCUCUUCUAGCAACCUCAGUUCCAGCCCCGAUGAUGACAGCAGCAGCAACAGCAAGGAUUCUGACUUUACUAUUGUGAGCCCCCUGGAAAUUUAAGUACGCUUUUCAGAAGAAGCCUGG